AUGGCGUCUCCGUCUCGACAUGGACCUUCCAAGAGGAUUGAAGGAUUUCAGAAGUCCAUAUGGUUGGAAAGCUGGUUGAAGGCCGCCUCGUCGGCAGUCAACCUGGGCGCCGGAUCCCCGGACACGCCAGUACCACGUGAAAUCAAAGAGGCCCUGGUGAAGACAGUCUCUGUGGACAAGUUGAACCAGUAUACAAGAGCAUUUGGCCACCCUGCGUUGGUGGAGGCCAUCUCUUUGCUUUACGGCAAAUUGUACGGGCGUCCCAUUGACCCUCUCAAGGAAAUCCUGGUGACGGUGGGUGGUUACUGUUCCUUGUGCUGCACGAUGCAGGCUCUGGUGGACGACGGGGAUGAAGUCAUCAUCAUAGAACCCUUCUUUGACACUUACGUGCCAAUGGUUCGCAUGGCGGGGGCUAAACCUGUGCUGAUACCGCUACGACUUAAACCCGGUUAUAAAGCCAACUCCAGUGCCGACUGGUACCUGGACCCGGAUGAGCUGGCCAGUAAAUUCAGCUCGAAAACCAAGGCUAUCAUCAUCAACAACCCCCACAACCCCACCGGGAAGGUUUUCACCAGAGAGGAAUUACAAAUAAUCGCUGAUUUAUGCAUCAAACACGACACGCUGUGCUUCAGCGACGAGGUUUACGAGUUUUUCAUCUUUGAUGGACGCCAGCACCACAAGAUCGCGACUUUGCCCGGCAUGUGGGAUCGAACCAUCAGCAUCAGCAGCGCUGGGAAGACCUUUAGCAUCACCGGAUGGAAGAUUGGCUGGUCCAUUGGACCAGAACACCUGAUCAAGCAUCUUCAUACCGUCUUCGAGCACAUGGUGCACCACAGUCCAACCAUGUUGCAGGAGGCCCUGGCGCAACUGUUACUCGUGUAUUACAAGCAAAUGGGUCGUCCUGAGUGUUUUUUCAAGGCGCUGGCCCGAAACAUGGAAGGCAAGCGGGACCACCUAGCGACCAUGCUGCGGGAAGCAGGGUUCCUGCCCGUCAUCCCCGAGGGAGGUUUCUUCAUAAUGGCGGAUGUGUCAGAGCUUGACUUGCCACACGACAACAAUGGCGAGGACGAAGCCUACGACUACAAGUUUGCCAAGUGGAUGAUUCAGAAAAAGAAACUGGUCAGCAUUCCCGUGACGGCGUUUGUUGGGCAGGAAUCCAGCAAGGCUUUUGAGAAAUAUGUUCGAUUUUGCUUUUUCAAGUGUGAUGAGACUCUAAAUGCAGCUGAGAACAUCCUGAAGAAUUGGAAGUCGGCAGGAAACAGUGGUUAA